AUGGCUCCACACGCUAUACAGGUGUCUUCAAAGGCAUCUAGUGAUUUUGAGAAUAUCACAAGUUCACUUUCAUUAGUUAAAGCUAAUCCAUUUGGUUUGACUACGGACCCUAGCCAAAUUAAGAACACAACUUAUACUUCUGGUGCGUCAAUUGUCAAUCAAACUGUUUACUCGGUUGCAUCAAAGAUAUUCAGUUAUGAAACUGUUGGUGAUGAAAACGCAUUAGACUCAAAUAUCCAGCUUUGGUUACAGUAUCAAAGAUUGAAUGCAUUUGGAAUUGUUCCUUUUUACAAUAAAUUCGAAGUUAGAUCAGGUGCUGCAAAUGCUAUUUUAGGAUAUUUUAAAAAGAAUGGUACCAACGGUCAACCUGUUGCAGCAUUUAUUGGAUCUAGUGGAUUAAACUACAUGAGAUAUUCAUUAACUGGGCAUCCAACUGGAAGCAGAUUGCCAUUGGCCUUGAACGUUUCUGCGAUUGACUUUAAUGAAGAUUCUUUAACUUCCAGCUAUGGUGAUGCUUUGAAUGUCGCACGUUCUUUAAAUUACCCAGUUUUCACUGCCGUUGACUCAAAUGAUGGUCUUGAAAUUCAACAUUUGUCUAUUUUGAACCAUUUUUAUGCCUUCUUCAGUGGUAAACCUUCUGUUUUCUUGUUUGAUGGACCAGAAUUUAUAAAAUCUUUCAAGAGAUUUGACAACUUAUUAUCAACUGAACAAAUUUUCCAAUUGUAUCAAAACUUAUUGGACUCAGCUCCUAAUGAUGUCUCGGUCUCUGGGGCUUUUGAAGCUAUAAACAAUGUUACUGGAAAGAAUUACUCCCAAUUCGAAUACUUUGGCAGUGAAAAUCCAAAAACUGUAUUUGUUGUAUAUGGAUCUCACCAAACCACUCAAUUGAGUAACAUCGCAUCCAAGUUGGAUAUUGGUUUAAUUAAAGUUAGAGUCCCUGUUCCAUUUGAUCAGGAUAAAUUUGCUAGUGUUAUUCCAGAAUCGGCUAAAAAAUUAGUUGUUCUUUCAUCCAAUGAUGGAUUAAUGGCUGAUAUUACAGCCGCUUUAUUCUUACAUGGAAAAUACCAUACUUUAUCUAUCGAGGAAUUCAAAUAUUCUUCUGAUUUCAAGUGGACUCCAAUCACAGUGGCCAAAUUGUUGAAUGAAUUCGUUGCGGUAGAUUUUGAAAAACUUUUCCCAGUCAUUGAAUCUCCAGAUGAAAUUCUCACUGCAAAUUCAUCCCCUGAAGGUGCCUAUUUGUUCUGGGGUAAGGAUAAUGGAAUUAUCGUUGAUACAGCUGAAAAGUUGGCCUUGUCAUUGUCAUUAGAUAGCAAUAAGAAUGUUGCAAUUAGAAACACUUUUGAUAAUUCUAGAGGAGGUGGUUUGUUUCAAUCACAAAUUAUUUCAACUACUGAGACUAUCAAACCAGUUGAUGCAGCAGACGUUGUCGUUAUUGAAGAUUUGUCUAUCUUGAAUUACUAUGAUAUUUUGGCUACCUCGAAACCAGGGGCUUCAAUUUUAUAUAUCAAUCAAAAAUCAUUGAGUAAAGAUGAAUUGAUUGAAAAAUUGCCAAUUGACUUCAAAAGAGAUUUGGCAAAAAACCACAACAAAUUGUAUGCUGUUGAUUUUUCAAUUAUCGAAAAAUUGGAUGAAUCAAAUAGUGCUACUAAGGGUUUCUCUGCAGAUUUCUUGAUUCAGUUGGCAUUUUGGAGAGCAGCGUUACCAGAAUUGGGUGGCUUCAUUGUCAAUAAAUUAUUACAAGCCAAUGGUAACUCAUUUGAGUUAUUGGGAACCGUAUUGGAUAAUUUCAUCAAGUGCGUUGAUGAAAACGAAGGUAUCAAACAAAUUAAUGUUCUUCCAGAUUGGAUCGACUUAAAGGAAGAGAUUAAGGUUGAAGAAUCUCAAAAGGAGGACAAUGAAAAAGAAGAAGAAGAAGAGAAACAAAACGAGCCAGAUCAAUUGCCAUUCUUUCCAAACGAAACUUCUUUCUUUGUAAAUCCAAGAAAUCCUAUUGAGAGUGCUGAAGAAAUUAACAACACCGCCUAUAAGAAUUUAGCUCAAAAGGUUGUUUUCCCAGAGGCAUACAAUGUUAGCAAGGCUUUGAGACCUGAUUUGCCUGUAAAGAACUUUGUUGUUAAAGUUCAAGAAAACAAGAGAUUGACUCCAGCUGAAUAUUCUAGAAACAUUUUCCAUAUCGAGUUUGAUAUUACUGGUACUGGAUUGACAUAUGAUAUCGGUGAAGCUUUAGGUAUCCAUGGUAGAAAUAAUAGUGAAGCUGUCGAAGAAUUCUUGGACUUUUAUGGUGUUGAUGGUGACUCGCUUAUCGAGGUCACAAACAAAGAUAAUGCCAAGAUUGUUGAAAUCAGAUCUUCCAGACAAGCCUUAUCUGAAACAGUUGAUUUCUUGGGUAAGCCUCCAAAACGAUUCUACGAGUCUUUGGCAGAAUUCGCCAGCGAUUCAAAGGAAAAAGAAGCCUUGUCGAGAUUGGCCAGCGCUGAAGGUGCUGAAGAAUUAAAGAAGAGACAAGAAGUUGACUUUGACAGUUAUUUUGAUAUCUUAAAGGAGUUCGAAUCAGCUAGACCUUCUUUUGAAGAUUUAAUCAAGAUCAUUGCGCCAUUAAAAAGAAGAGAAUAUUCCAUUGCCUCUUCUCAAAGGAUCCAUCCAAAUGCCGUUCAUUUGUUGAUUGUUGUCGUUGAUUGGGUUGAUCCAAAAGGUAGAUUGAGAUACGGUCAUUGUUCCAAGUAUUUAUCUGACUUGAAAGUCGGUGAAGAGCUUGUUGUCAGUGUCAAGCCAUCUGUAAUGAAAUUGCCACCUUUGUCAACCCAACCAAUCGUUAUGUCUGGUUUGGGUACUGGUUUAGCACCCUUCAAAGCAUUUAUUGAAGAAAAAAUCUGGCAACAACAGCAAGGAAUGGAGAUUGGAGAAAUUUACUUGUACUUGGGGUCAAGACAUAAAAAGGAGGAAUAUCUUUAUGGUGAACUUUGGGAAGCCUAUAAAGAUGCAGGAAUUUUAACUCAUAUCGGUGCUGCAUUUUCAAGAGAUCAACCUGAAAAGAUUUAUAUUCAAGAUAGAAUUAGACAAUCUAUUGAAGAUUUAACCGAUGCCAUCGUUACUAAGAAUGGUUCAUUUUACUUGUGUGGUCCAACUUGGCCUGUCCCAGAUAUUACUGCUUGUUUGGAAGAUAUUGUCCGUAACGGGGCCAAGAAGAAGGGUGAAGAAAUUAAGGAUGCUGCCAAGAUUGUUGAAGAUAUGAAGGAAGAUGGCCGCUAUAUAUUAGAAGUUUAUUAG